AUGACCGUGCUGUUCGAGCUCCCCGCGUAUAGCCGACCGAGGUCUGAUGGCAAGCACGACUUGGGCAAGGCUGAGGCCGAACAGACCCUAGCACAAGCAAACCAGAGCGUCAACUACCAAACAUCGGUCAUUAUGUCUGACGAGAGCGCAGCGGUGGCGGCUAUCCGAGACCUUGAUACAAACGGCAAACAUCCAUAUCAACCGCUCGACACCGCCAUCAGCGGAAUCCGUUUGCUGUACCUCGGACCAGGGAAAGGAACGGAUCCUUUGCUAUGCACGCUUAAGCACGCCUCGCUACAGACCCAGCCGAAGCCUCAGUAUCAGACCAUCUCAUACGUGUGGGGAAAUCCAAACCAGCGUGGUGAGACCGUGAUAGAAUCUAUCGCGGUGUCUGUACCUGCCUCAUCCGAGCGAGUCUUGCGUCGUCUGCGCAGUUCGGAAACAACGCUCUGCCUGUGGAUUGAUGCUAUCUGCAUCAACCAAGACGACCUUCCUGAACGUGGGCAGCAGGUCGGAAUGAUGGCGGCUAUCUACAAAAAUUCGAUGGGCAACAUCGUCCAUCUCGGCGAAGAUGAUCAUUUCAUGCAGGCUGCGCUGAAGAACCUGCAUGAUAUCUUGGAAGACAUGCGCGCCAAGACUAGCAACGCGAAGAACCUCCGUGACGUCUUGUACGGCUGUGGCGGAAUUAAACCCUACACGAGUGACAAAUUGCCGAUCGAGCUUGAUGUCGAGGCUCUGUCGCAUCUGUACUCGAGCCCUUGGUUUGGACGUCUAUGGGUAUUUCAAGAAGCAACAUUGGCGCCCAAUAACACAUGUGUCUGUGGCUCGUUCACACUCGACCUACUGGACGUCGUGAGGGCAGCACGCUGGCUUCAGUUUCACUAUCGCUCAACGCCUGCAGUGGUGCAGAUAGCUAACUCUGCGGGCUUUCCCCACGCUGUCCCCAUGUUUGAUACUAUAGACCAUGCUCAAGGAUUCAAUAGGAGGAUGGAUUACGAAUCCACUUUAUUCGAUUUACUCCUAUCAACACAAAAGCUCGUUGCAACAGACCCAAGGGACCACUUGUUCGGCGUGUUUGGCCUUCUUGAGCAACGGGCUCAGCAAGAUCUGUUACCCGGAACGUUCGAACUCCGUGGCCUUGUCAAGCAACGUGGGAAGCCACUGCACCAGGAUCUGCAAUUGUUGAUGCAGCCUAACUAUACGCUGUCCUUGCCAAAGGUAAUGCGCAAUGCUACCCGCUUGGCGAUACUGGACAGGGAGGACUUGAAACCUCUAGACCACUUGACUCAUCGAGCAGACGGAGAGUCUGAGUCCGACUUCUGCUCCUGGACGGUACGCUGGGACCGAGCAUUCGAUGCACGGUUUGACACGUCUCCAUAUCCCUUGCCUCUGUUUAGUGACCUUGGCCUUCCAAUUAGAGGAUCAUUUGCAGCCUCACUACUGCGACAAGACAUCGACGGCGAUGUGCUUUCCCUACUUGGUGUUGAAGGGGGUGAGGUUUCAGAAGUCGGCGAGAUCUUCAAGAAAGAAUGUUGGGAUAGUCGAGAUGAUAGCAGCCUGCUUCGUCUCCUCUGUGCUGCAGAGGAUAUGGCGUUCAGAACGAAUCCAGGCUUCUCCCAUUUUGACUUACGCCACGUACUAUGCACAUGGUAUUACCUCCGCGGCAAGACCAGUCCGCAGCCGAAGGACUACGGCAGUUUCAAAGCUUCUGGGCCAGACCUAGACAGUGGACUUCCGGGAGACACUCCUGCAGAAGAGCGGAAACCGUCGUCUCUUCACUACCGAUACCGGCAGAUGGGUGAUGAAUUUCAAUUCAUUGGGAACGCCUACGUUCACGGAUUGACGAAUGGUGAGAUCGGAGAACAAGUUGCGCAGGGGGUGGAGGAGAAGGUCUUCCGCGUACGUUGA